UGCGUGGAUGGGAAGACGCGCUGUCCCUGUGUUGAGGAACGUAUUUCCUGUACACGAGAUUGUAGAUGCAAGGGAUGCAGAAACAAAGAAAGCCAGGAACUUUGCAAAGUAACCUCUAACAGCGUAUCCUGCAGGUGUGGAGUCGAUAAAAGCAGAGAAAAUCAGGAAUACGUCGCUUGUGUAGAUGGGAAAAGAAAAACCAAAUGUCCAUGUGUACGCGCAAGAGCAUGUUGUGGGCUGAAAUGCUCAUGCAGGAACUGUGGGAAUUGUGACAACAAGCCGGAUAAAGUUACCGAUUUAGUGAAAAUCCCAGCAAAGAGAAAGCGUGAAAGUCCUGUACCAUUCAAGAAGAGGCGGAGUGCGGAGUAUCUCGCAUCUAAUAGUACAAACCCGUCAGCCGGACCAUGGACUACUCAUGAAACAUGCCUUCUCUUUAGUACCAUGCAGCUAAUUGAGGCAACG